AUGUAUACCAACGCUGUAACUGUAGCUACAGUGCCUGUCUUAUUAGAUGUGUUGAUGGCUGCUGAUAAAUUUGAGGUUGCCUCUUGCAUGAGGCACUGCAGUAGAGUUCUCCGAAAUAUGCAUAUGACACACAAGUCUGCGUUGCUCUAUCCCGAGCUUCCCUCCAGUGUUUUAAUGGCUAAAGCUGUUCAGCCUUUAACUGAUACUGCAAAACAGUUCCUUGCUGCUCGUUACAAGGAUAUUACCAAGUUUUAA